AUGAAGUACUUUAGGGUUUUCUUGAUUCUUGUUGUUGUCAUGACUCUAGUCCUUAGUAUUGCUGCAUUACCACUCAAAGAAGAGAUAGAACACCAAGAAGAUGAUGAUAUCAUUGAUAUGGAAUUGAACGAACAGUCUGAUGAAACAACCAAGUUUAGUUCUGAACAUGGAUUUGGUCGCAUUCUUACUCAAAAGAAAAGAAAAGCUCGUCAAAUGACGUGCAACAAGUUCCCUCGGAUUUGCCAUGCCAAGGGAAGUCCAGGGCCUUACUGCUGCAAGAAGAAGUGUGUAAAUGUUUUGACUGAUCGCUUUAACUGUGGAGCCUGUGGGAAGAAAUGCAAAUACAAUCAGAUAUGCUGCAAUGGCAAAUGUGUAAACCCUUCCUUCAAUAGGAGACACUGUGGAGUUUGCAACAAUAGGUGCAAAAAUCGAGGCUUUUGUGCUUUUGGCCUUUGCAAUUAUGCGUAG